UGGUUCUUAGCCGAUAGAGGGCUGAAUUAAACCAAACAAAGUGGUUCGUUCUUGUACGAGUCAUUUUUCUGAAGUCUAGGCUUGGCAAUAUUUGUUAUAAUGUCUUCUGUGAAGGAAUUUGAGAACCCAUACUUCGAGCCCACUCAUUAUGUUGAGCAGCUGGUGUGGCGUGUCCAGGGUGAGGAUAGGAAAUAUCGGCCUGGAUCUGGAGCCUUUAAUGCAAAGCAGAUGCUUAUUGCAUUUGAAAGUACAAUAGAAGAAUUGAAGCUAAUGAGUAUGAAAAUGGAUGAAAAAAUAAAAAAGGAAGAAUUGUCUUUACAAAAUGAAAGGACAAGGCAUGCAGUAAGUGUUGAUGGACUUCGCAAGACUAAUAAGAAAGCUUUUACCAACUUUCAAGAACUAGAUGAACACAUCAGUUCCGUAGCAACAAAAGUCGUCCAUCUUGGUGAUCAACUUGAGGGAGUGAACACGCCUCGGGCUCGUGACCAAGAAGCCCGCAAACUCAUUCAUUAUUUCUUCAUGUUCACCAAUGAGUUUGAGCCCCAAGCAGAAAUAUUUAGUGAUCCAUUUCAGUUAAAUGAAGCUGCAGAUGUUAUCCAGAAGCUAUACUUAAUUGCCCAAGAACUACCAGCAGAUAAGUUUGCACAUCCAAAAAAUAGAAUAACAGCCCAAUACAAUGCAAUUGAAUUUAAUUUAAUCAACGAGUUCCAGAUUGCUCAUAAUGAUGGGGAUAAACAGAGGAUGCGGGAGCUGGCUGACAUCUUGCUUAAUUUUAAGGGAUAUAGUCGUUGUGUUGAAUCAUUUAUAGAAACCAAUCAAAGGAGUUUACAGGUGUCUAAAGAUGUUUAUGAUGACCUGAUGCCUAUUUGCAGACAGGUGAAUUUCUUAGCCCAGGAGGUGUUUAGUACACCUGAGCUCGUCAUGGGAAAGUUUGUGCAGUGUUUAUAUCAACAAGUGUUGAAGUGUUACGUACAGCAAAGGCUUAGCUGUAAGGACGAUACAGAGAGGUACCUAGCACAACUCUAUGAGCUUUAUGCGAGAACAUCUAAACUCACUAAAGGCUUAUCCAGUUUUCGGCUCGGCUCUGACUCAAACUUUCUGAACCGUCAGAUGAAAUACGUAUUUGGAAAAUACUUAGAGGACUAUGUUAGAAUGGAGAUGGAUCAUCUCAAAAACAAGAUGACUGAGCAUCUAAAAAUCUACUACAGAUCAUUGAACCACACCAAGAAGAAAUUAGACCAACAAGGAGGUUUACAUGAACUUCAGAACAAGUUGAGGACCAAGACACCGUUGUCAAAUCUAAACCUAGGUGGCAGCAGCCAUAUUGAUUAUAAAGGAGAACCAUUCAUAUCUCAAGAACUGUCUUUGAAUCUGUUAAAUGAGUCAAAGCUAGCAUUGACAAGGUGCAAUUUGCUUUCAAACCAAUCAGAUCUUCCUGUAAAUGCAGUGGACAUCUUUAAGCUGCUCACUCACUAUCUGUGUAUAGAACAUAUAGACUAUGCUUUGGAGAUAGGCUUACAAGGGAUACCAUCAAACGAGCCGAAGACCGAGCCACAGGGCUACUUCAUUGAUGUAGCAAAGCAAGCUAAUGCAGUCUUCCAUCUUCUGGAAAAACUAUUCAGUGAACUUUUGGUCCCACUCAUUAGUUCUUCGCCAAUGUACAGCCAGUGUGUGCAAGAGAAGCGAGAAAUUAAGGAGCAAAUGGAAGGAAAGAUUGAAAAUGGUUUGGAUAGAACACUGAAUUGCUGGUGUGGAUGGAUAAAACAUAUUUUAUCUGCAGAACAGAAAAAGUCUGACUUCAAACCAGAUUCUGAAGAAAUGCCUACUGAAUUAUCAACUCCUGCCUGUGCUAAAGUACUUAAGUUUGUUGACCAGCAAGCUGCAAAACUGAAGACAUGUCUGGAUGGCAAGAACGUUGGAGGUGUGAGGCUAGAGUUUGGCAUUAGAUUUCAUCGUGUUAUCUUGGAGCAUCUACAGAGCUUCACUUACAACUCAAUGGGAGCCAUGUUGGUGAUAUGUGAUGUUAAUGAAUACAGGAGAGCUGCCAAAGCCUUUCAGAGUCCUGUUGUAAACUCACUGUUUGAGUUGCUUCAUGCCCUCUGUAACCUUCUUGUUGUAGUUCCUGAAAAUCUUAAACAAAUUAUCACAGGGGAGCAAAUGGCUGGAUUAGACAGAUCUACAGUGAUGUCGUUUGUUCAGUUAAGAGCAGAUUUCAAGACAGCCAAGAUUGCCCAACAACUCAAGUAAAC